UUUUCCCCUGAUAAAUAUGAACUGUAUGUUUUCGAAACUGGAUCCCCUAUGGUUGUCUUUAGUUUUUUGUUUAUAUUUUAGGUUGAGGCUGCAUAUGAUAUGCUGCUCAUGCGGAGCUUAACCCAACGACGAGCGGAGAAUGUCGUGGACAGAAGAAUUAUAUAUGCUGAUGUUAAACCUGUUAAUCCUCCCGGGGUGCAAUCAAUGCCUCGGUGGGUGCAAACAACUCUGAAGAAUUUACCUGUUUCAGUUGAAACUCCAGUUUCUAGUGAAUUGGGCAUACAAGCUGGUGUAUAUGGAGCUCUUAUGGUUCUAACUUAUGUGAAUGAGUCCUUCGUGAUUCCUUACGCCGGAGCAGAUGUUCCGGGGCUUAUCUUAGUAAGUAGCUUUGGAGCUUCCUUGCACUUUAUGACCAGAAAGAAUGUGAAGUUAGAAACGAUGAAGGGAGAGUAAAAGAGAAGAGCAGAAGAACCCAUGGGCUUUCGGGCUGCUGCUGCUGCUUCUUACUGAGUGAAAACAUUGUAUAUAAUGGUGAAAUGUGUAUAUAUGAUGCUGGCAGUUAACUACAAAUUUAACUUAAUUUUUAUUUAGCGGCUUAUAUUUUGCAGGGUAUUGCUUGCGAAACACAUUACUAAAAGACUUCCGAAUUUCAUUUUAUAAUGUAUAGAAGAAGAUUUGUAGUGGUUUUAUAAUCAUUCUGUAUUUCUAACUCUUCUUUGUCCCAGUCCAGUGAUUUAUCAGAAUUUUUAGCUCAUUUCUCUAUUUGAGCAUUCCUUUUCUGUUUUCC